CCUAAAACGUAUUGUACAUUAAACUAUACGUAUUACGAGUACGUAUAAAACGACGUAUCACUUUAAGCAUGUUUUUUGAUAACGUUCCUUCGUCGUGGGUAACUUUGAUAAUUAAUUUUCUACUGUUUUUAAUUAUAAUUUUGUACCACGAUCAACGUGCUAGCUCCGUUUUAGCUGCGGAGAAUUUCACCCUUGCUGCUGGUACUGCUGCUGCUGCAGAUGUUGCUACGACGUCUGCUUUUUCAGAUGCUGCGGAUAGAAGGCUUGAAAAUGUUACGGUUUUCUUGAAAUCGUGGCCGUUUCGUAUGGUGCGAAAAGAAUGCGAAUCUUUGUUCUUGUAUAAUUACGGAUAUACUUCGGUGCUGGUAUCCUCAAUUCAGGAUAAAAAGUUGCUGAAGAAGCACUCGGAGAAUUUCCAAUUUAACGAUUUAUUUAAAUUUCGAACGUCAUUAGGAACAAUAGAAGAAUUCGCCAGUAUGAUUAAAUCUUGCGAAAAAAACGGAAUUAAGGUUUACGUGUCGCUGAAAUUAAUCACCGAUAAACAAAUAGACCAAGUUGUCAAAAGGUACGAAGAAAUCGAACCUUUCUUGAUGCGAAAACUUGCUCAGCGAAUUAAAAAAUCCAGGGAGGUUGCUGCCAAAAGGAAAGCUCAAAGCUCGGUCACAUCACCCAACAACCGUUCAAAAAAACCUGACAUAACUUCAUUCAAAUUACCAUCAUCCAUAUCCACAAACUCCUCUAACCAGACAACCCCUCGAGACGAAGGUGGAAAAUCCCCCAAGAAACCGUCUCGAUUCGAUGAGAACUUCAUGAAAAAGAGACAUCACAAGAAUACCAAGUAUUUGAUGGAGCUUGUAUUGCUACAAGCUGCCACGAGAGCCGCCCACGAUCAGGGUAUCUUGUCGCUGAUACAAUCUUUCAAGCAGGUCAAUAAACAGUACAGGCUUAGGUACAAAAAGAAUAAAAUAUUAUCGGAGAAUUCGCCAAUACCGGGACUUAUUCGUAAAUAUUGCAAACUCAAGUAUAACCUCGAGGAUAUCUCGUCAGCGGUAAAAUUUGUGAAGCUAUUGGCCGAGUUGGGUGUCAGCGGGGUCAGAAUAGAAAAUUCUCGUUUUAUCGAUACGAAUGCCUUGGAGAGGAUUUUCAACACGGCUCAGAAAGACAUAUCGAAAAAAAUGGCAAUAAUUUUUGACGACGUAAUUAAUGUCAAACAUUACCAAAAAUUUGGUUCCGUUAUGGACGAGAAAUAUGCUCGAAAUCUUAUGGAUGCUGUGAAAAAGAUCAAUUUCCAGAAAUUAGUUUCUAAGAAAAAAAUGUGGCCACGUACCUGGAGAAAUAUAGCUUCCUCGGAUAAAUCGCGUCCUUUCGUUCCCAAAUAUAUGAUUCCAGAGGAUAAUAAAUCCGAUUCUUAUAAUUUCAAGAUCGCUACUUCAAUGAUGUUGGUUAAUCCUCACGGAUUCCCGAUAAUUGUAUCACCUUAUAGUCGUGUGAAAGCUCAUAUUAAAUCUCUACCAAAUGCAGAUAAUUCGUCUAUGGAUGACAUUUGCAGUAGAGGGAAGUUCUGCAUCCAUAGGAAAAAAUUCAUCAGGCAGUUGGUUUUAUUCAGACUCAUCACAGCUGAUGACAAAAUAACUUCUAUAAGAGCCUUACGAAACAACAUAUUGCACUUGAAUCGAGGUAACAAAGGUUUCGCUGCUUUCAUCCAUAAACUUCCUCCCUCCAAGGACAAAGUACCAACGUCAACGGAGGAUUUGACCAUACAAACUGAACUACCACCAGGUCUUUACUGCAACAUAAUCACAGGAUAUCCAGACCUAAAACGCGACCAAUGCAAUCCUGGAUCCGUUAUCCAGGUCGACUUGAAAGGACAAGUCACCAUCAAGAACCCAAACACCUACGAAAAAGGUGUACUGGCCAUCGAUAUCUUGUCACGACUCAAGUACGUGGAUAUCGAAGCCAAUGGUAAAUACGUCUUUCAAACGAAACCAUCGUCGCUGAAACGCGAUAAAGGCCAAAAUACCGGUUCGAAUUUCAAACCUAGAGAUCUAGAUGACCUCCGAGACAAUAAGUCGAUUAUUAAUCCCACGUCAGCUUCGUCGUCGCCGCAGAGACCAUCGGAUGUCACACUUGUAGCUCCAGCAGCAGCAGAAAUACACACUCGCGACUUGGACGACGUUUUCAAGCACAGCAAUGUUAAAUUCAAAUUCGAUUUCAGCGAUAUAACUGAUAUAAUCACCAAACCCUUCAAAUACGCCAAACAUAUCAUCGAAAAGUUCAUCGAUAUGAUAAAAGAUGCCAUCAAAGAUAUCACGGGGCAUCGUCGUAAAUACCCAAAAAUUAAGUUCGAUCAUGGUUAUGAUUAUCGUUAUUGAGUUCGAGUAUUCUCUCGAGACACACAUCCUGUUAUAUAAAUAUGACUUCAAUUACGUAAUUAGUACAUAAAUACCUGAGAUACCUACCUAACUUUGCAGCCAAAAAAAUUACACAUUAUAUUCGA